AUGGAUGAUGUGACGGCCUCCUUUGCGGCCUCCCUCGCCCUUGCUACGAACGAAGUUGUUGAUCUCUCCCGAUCUGCAAACUCUGCUGCACGAAGAGGUUCGCAGGCAUAUCUGCUUGCACGGCCGCUUGCAGCCAAACCUGCUCCUCUGCAGGACCUUCGACGGUUCUUUCGUCGUGUGUGGGUUCUUGAAAAGGAUUUUAAAAUCCAAGAGAGGCCGGAAAACAGGUUCGUCAUUGCGUUCGAUCUCAAACGAGAUCGUAACAAAGUGUUACGUGGAGGGCCUUGGCGCUUCAAUCAAGCCCCGGUUGUCAUGCAGGAAUAUGAUGGGAUUGCGCCGCCCCAAUCGGUGGCCUUGGAUGCUCUGUUUUUCAGGGUGCGUAUCACUAAUAUACCACCUCUCUUUGAAGACAAAGACACCAUACGAGACAUUGCAGCCAUCGCUGGUAAGGUUAUCGAAUUGGAUAACAACCUGUUUGACGCUACGGGAAAAAUUAGGGUUAGGGUUUCACAUGCCCUCUCCAAACCUUUCUUUCUCAAGAAGCAAGUGAAGCUGGCCCCAGGAGUUGAAGAAGAAAUUGGUUUCUUCUUUGAGAACCUUGUUGGUAAGUGCAACUAUUGUGAUUUGAUUUUCCAUGGGAAUGGUAUUUGUCCUGCUAUAGAUGGAAGGACUCUUCCAAGAAUGGACGUCAACCCGAUGCAGAGAAAGCUGGAGAUCAAGGGUCCCUCUAUGAGUUUUGCACAAAGCCAGUUUGCGAAUGGAUUAUUCCAAUUCCAGGGACUCCAGACUCCGGUCUUACCUUCAAUUGCACGGUCUCUCUUUCACCAGAAAGAACAGGGUGGACGUAGGCCUGUAAUUCUACGGGGUUUGGACAACAGAUCAUCCUCCAGUAAAGAAGAGGAGGAUACCACUUUGGCCUUAGUCCCCAUUGAGGAAACGACUUCUUCUAAGCGUGACAGACAGCCUUCUGAUUAUCAGUCCCCAAAGAAGCUCAAGGUGAUUCUGCCCGAGUUGUUCAACCAAGUGGGCAGCGCUGAGGCUCCAACAAAAAAGCUGAAAAUGCCGGAGUUUAGCUCCAAAUUUAAUGCCCGAUCCCUGGGUUUGAUUGAAGCUCCGGGAAGCAUUCUGGUACCUACGUCUGAGAGGGAUGUUUAUAGGCUUGCUUUUAAUAAGUGA